GUGAUGAGCAUCCUGCUGCCCAACAUGGCGGAGUUCGACACCAUCUCGGAACUGGAGGAGGAGGAAGAAGAAGCGGCAACGUCGUCGUCCUCGCCGUCGUCGUCGUCGGUAUCGGGGCCAGACGACGACGAGGAAGAUGAGGAGGACGAGGAAGAAGAAGAGGACGAGGAAGAAGAAGAAGAGGAGGAGGAGGAGACACCGCCCCCGCCUCGGGUAGUGAGUGAGGAGCAUCUGCGGAGAUAUGCCCCCGAUCCUGUAUUGGUGCGGGGCGCCGGCCACAUCACUGUGUUUGGCUUGAGCAACAAGUUUGAUACUGAAUUUCCCUCAGUUCUAACAGGGAAGGUGGCCCCGGAAGAAUUUAAGACCAGCAUUGGCCGCGUGAAUGCAUGUUUGAAAAAGGCUCUCCCGGUCAAUGUGAAAUGGCUACUAUGUGGUUGUCUCUGCUGCUGUUGCACACUGGGUUGCAGCCUGUGGCCUGUUAUUUGUCUCAACAAAAGAGUGAGUAACCAUUUUAUUGUAUAA